AUGAAGAAAACUGACUGAGUUCCCUUCGUUGUUUUCCUUUGGAUAUACAGUGAAUUAAUUAAUUGAGGUACAUCUGCUCCGGCCUCCAUUCUCCGGUCGAAACUUUGAACUGGGUUGUGGAAAUUCUAUACGUCACCCAGUGGUUUUUGUUCGUUUUUCCCCUGUGGAUUCUGGUGCAACUCGCUGGUGCAAGCUCUGUUUCCAGUUUCGGGGGGUGGUGGAGGCAGGCAGCAGAUUUGUUUUCAUCUUGACUGACAAACUGUCUGGGGAACUGACAAUGACGAAGCGUAAAUUCAGGCCCUGCCCGGCCUGCAAGGCCAUGAACCAGGCCAACCGAAAGUCCUGUGUCGCUUGCUACACGAUCCUCAGCAAUAAACGCAACAUCCAGGAGAGGAGGGAGAGAAUAACUGACGAAUGGGCUGUCAACGUCACAAACAACAGAAACACUUCGAGGAUAGUCUCCUCUGCUCAAAUUUUAGUGCAAAAACUUGCGGUUUUGGGCUACACACCAAUCCUUUUCCUACGUGGAGGGAGGAAGAGGAACAGCUGCUGGGUGGCUGAUGUCACCAGUGGCAUUCCACUGAGCGAGGAGCUGCGGCCUUAUGUGGAGGCCAUGAAGCAGGCCUAUGGCUGUAUACUCAAUAAGCAAGGACCCCAGGCAACCCAGACUCGGACUGACCCACUUACUGACCUCCUGACCCAGCCCCAGGUGACGAAUGAUGAAGGGACCACCCUCGCCUCAUCAUCCAUUGUGCCAAAGACUGAGCCUGAAACUCAACUGCUCCACUUUGUGGCUGAAGUGCAAACCCCAGCACAGCUCCAGCUCCAGGCCCGUCAGCCACAACAACCCCAGCCUCAGCAGGCACAGUUACAUGUAUCCGCACAGGCACAGGCACAGGCCCACCUGUCAUCACAGAUCCAGGUCCAGGCUCCAUCGGCGCUCCAGGCCCCAGUGCAGCCACAACUGCAGGCCCUGGAGACACAGUUUCAGGCUCUGCAAGCACAGUUCCAGGCCUUCCAGGCACAGCUCCUGGUACAGCCGCCACAACAAGCCCCACCAGCGCAACAGACGCCAGCACCUCUACAGACGCCAGCAGUGCUACAGACCGUAACACCACUACAGACCGUAACCCCACUACAGACCGUAACCCCACUACAGACCGUAACACUUCUACAGACGCCAGGACAGCUACAGACCCCAGCAACGCUACAGAUGACAGCAUUGCUACAGACGCCAGCACCGGUACAGACUCCAGCACAGCUACAGACCCCAGCACCGGUACAGACGCCAGCACAGCUACAGACGCCAGCACCGGUACAGACUCCAGCACAGCUACAGACCCCAGCACCGGUACAGACGCCAGCACAGCUACAGACGCCAUCACUGCUACAGACGCCAAUACAGCUCCUGGUACAGCAGCCAGAAACCCUGUCAGCGCAACAGACGCCAGCACUGCUCCACGUCACCACACAGGACACCGGUAAGGCAGGAGCUGAAGUCAGUUGGACACCUCAUUCUGUGCAGAGGCUGCACCCUGCUCCAGAAGAACAAAACCCAGCUGAGCCUGAUGUCCAGCUAGCGCCAUUGGAAGAUGACCUGAUGGAGGAACAAGAGCCACCUGCUGUGGACGGGAUCAAGCAAGAGGCAGAGCCAGAGGGAGCUGACGUCACAGAAGACACACGAGACCCACCUGACGCAGAGGCCAAAGGAGAACAAGAGGGGACGGAGGGCAGGACAGAACCAUGGGCUGUGCUGAACUCCAGGUUGCUGUCCAUAGAGGAUCGACUGGCUGAAAUUGAGUCUAAAAACUCUGCUGAGGAUACCACGCCAACUAAGAGGAGAAGGCUGUGCAAUCCCUAAUUCACUGCAGAAGAUGUGAGAAGAUGAAAGCGAUUGAAAAAGAAGAGUGAGAGGUUUUGAGAUUUUGCUCGUUGAUGAUGAGGUGGAGGUUUGGAUCUUUUGAGCUUUACCGCCAUACCUGCUCGUCUGAUGAGGACAAAGACAAAUUAAUGGACAAGAAGACCACCACUACUACAGUAGCUACCUCUUUAGGCCCUUUUCCACUGCCCGUUUUCUACCUGGUACUGCGAAACACAGCAUGACUCAGCGGCCACUUUUUGCUGUUCGAUUGCGCAUGUUACCGCUCUACUCAGCUCGAAACCCAGAUGAACCGAGCUGAAAGCGAGCCGAGCAGGUCGUUCACAGCCUACUACAGCAGUCAUGAUAGGGGCCGUCAGACUUGUAGCCCAAAGGUUUCCGGUUCAACUUCCGCCCCACCAGGCUCCCCCGUCCUUCUCCAUGACUGAGGUACCCUGAGUAUGGUACCGUCACGCCGCACUGCUCCCUUGGGGUGCCAUUGGGGGCUGCCCCCUUGCACAGGCUGCAUGGGCUUUCAAUUCAGAAUCUGCAUCAGCUCAUCGUCAACGGUGAAUCAAAAAAUAAUUAUGGCAGCCACCAGAUCAUCUCUGUUGGGACUGCCCUUUAGUUUGACACUGUAUUUCUUUGUUUUUAAAAUCGAAGGCAGAAAUCAACAUUCUAGUAUCCAAAUAUGUCGCUGAAACUAUUUAUAUCCUGCUGAGAUAUCUGUCGGCCUUACGUUUAGUCAACUACGUCACGUAAAGUAAUGCUACGUGACAAUGCCAAAAAUUUAACUCCAGCCAUACUGGAAGUACAAAGGUUUGUAAUGGAAACACAAACCAGGCUGCUUUGACAAUACCACUCAGCACCACUCAGCUCGACACAACACGGCAUGGCACAGCCGGGCUGUUUGUGGAAAAACGCCUUUACUGUAGUAGCUCUGAGGUGGUCCUCCAAAUUCAAGGUGGUGUAACUAUACAGUAGUAGACUGAGCUCCUGGUGAGCUUUUUAUUUGUGGUGUGGAUACAUUCCAUGUGGUGUGCUAUGCGAUAUACUGUAUAUACGGUAGUUUGUGUGUUAAAAAAACUCCUGAUGUUUACUUUACACUUGUGUGAAGUUCUUAAUAAACAUAUUUUUUUCUAAUUGAUUUAUGUUCCUGGCAGACUGUCCUUGUCCUUGAUGUAACUCUGGUCCAUAU